CGAAAUAUUUUCACUUCCUGAUGCUAUCCCCAGUCUUUCGCUUCAUGUUUUCGCGCGAAAUCAACCACGUGAUAAAUUCUGUCUUUUCGACAUAUUUGCUUUGAUGGUGAACGUGAAAGUGAGCUGAUUUUCUUGGAUUUUGUAUCCACUUCUUGUUUUGUAGGUAAGUAAGAUCACUUCUGUACGUCCUUCAUUAAACUAUCAAGCCCUCUGAGCUGUUAGAACGGCCGAAACCACAACACAUUGUGUUCGAGCGUCGGUGUUGAUGUCUACGAAGCCGGCAUCUCGGAACAUAUAACGCAUGUUUAUGCUUGAAAAUUAGUGCAUUUCGCGUCGAAUUUGAGUUGUAUCUGAGCAUGGAACCUUUGCAAGGUUAAAAUAGGUGUUGUUUCUUAGUUGUAUGCAUUGAGAACGCCGUUGGGCUCUUUUCGAAACGUAAAAUUUUGUUUGAAAUUCUGUGACGUGAGUUUGGGAAAAAAUUAUACGGCUACUCAUUUUCGUUUUAUAUGCACUAAUUUUGUACUUUGUGUUCAAAAUGGAAACAAAAUUAAAAGAUUAGCCCGGUCGUUUUGUAUCGGCUUAGGGGAUGUGUUUUAACGAGAGCUAAACAUGUUUAAAGUUAAUUUUACGUGAGGUAUAUUUCACUAUUCUUCGACCGCUGUCUAAAAUAAUUUUGGACAUGUGCUGAAUAAACUAAACCAAUUUUGUUUGACUUAGCAUAAAACAUCAAAAUGUGUGCUUAUAUUGUCAAAACAAGUUGCUUAUCGGGCAAAUAUUUUCUAAAAUGCUUUAAUAUUCCGUCGUAAGCGUAAUUUUUUGGCAAUUUUUUUUUAAAAAUUGGUUUCUUCCGGAAAUACAAAAGCUAUAUCCCAUUGUUGAAAUGCGAGAUUCCCCACUGGAUUUUGAACGGUCACCUGUCGUAAAAGCUCUUGCCGCAUAAGUCCUGUACGAUUUGCACAGAUUUCGUGCUAACUUUUUUUAAAUGUUGUACUAUUAAGUAUAAAUUUGUACGUUUGUGGAAGUUUUGGACAGAAUUUGGGUCCACAUUUCUGCUUUGUGUCUGGGAAAUUAAUUGUCAAAUUGUUAAUGUUUAUGAUAAUGUUUGCUUGGUAUUUGAACUUGGUAUAACUCCAGAAUAUGAAACAGGAAAGUUUUUUUGAAAAAUAAAGUUGUGAUUUGUAAUGAGAUUAUUUGUGUUUGCUUUUUAGGCACUGGAAUAACAUUAAAUGAUUAGUACAGUCAAUUUUCGUCCAAAGUUUGCACAACAUAAAAAAAACUUUUAUCACUUGUAAACAAGGACAAUUGGAUACAUUUCAGAAAUGCUCUAGAAUUCUAUAAUUGAAUUUUAAACAUUUUUAAACUGUAUACUAUUAACCAAUCUUCCUGCUGGUAACCCAUUAAGCUGCAAUGUGCCCAAAUGCACCCGACUUUAUUGUUUUAUUCUGCCUAUUAAUUAAGCCCAUUUUCCACCAGGCGAAUUUGGGCGCGCGAAGCGAAAAACAAACCUUGACAAUUUGAUUGGUCAGCGAAAAAAAUUUGCAGCGAAAUUAAGUUGGAUCAGUUCCUACUUUUUUACUGUUCAUUAAUUCUCAAAUGAUUUUGGUAAUAAUCUCUCUUCACCGCAGAAGCAUUUUAAUUAAAAAUGUGGACUAUAUGCCUUAAUGCUUGCGAGUUACCUUCAUUAACCCUUUAGGACAAGGCUAUCUACUUGACUUGUCAGGCGUUAGACAGAGUAAAGUAAUAAGUAAGGCACUUAGCCACACUUUGUGGCUUAAUGAGCGACAACGUUGUUGUUGUCGACGACAAAAUGUUGUUAACGACUAAAAAUCAGGUGUGUGAAACAGUUGCCAAUAAAAAUUUGUUAAAUUUUUACUAGUCAAUAGGAAAGUAGUUUCCCUUUGUUUGAAGGGAAACUUGAGUUUUAGUCGACAAAUCAAUAUAGUUCAAAGGGGUUUUUCUAGUGCAUGGGGAGUAGCUACACUGUAUAUAGCACAAAAUUAAUAUAUAGUCAACAGUCGAUAACAAAUUCUCAUCGACAACAAAUCACUGUACAGUAGUCUGUGGAGACUCUUAAAACUGUUACAAGGUGAUACUAAUAACCAGUUGUUUUCAUGUUUUGCAACAGAUGGUAUAUCUUUGGAUAGGGUAAUGUUAAACACAAUUGAAUCAAAUUUUAUAAUUUUAUAUCUGGGAAGUUAUUGAUAGGGGUGUACCGGAACCAAUUUUCCGACCGGAACUGGAAAAAAGUUCCGGCCAGAAAUUAAGCCAUAUAUAUAUAUAGUCAUAUGUUACUUUGUCUGCUGCCAGACAGGCAGACACUUCAAGUCAUCAAUGAGCUCGCUUGCAAAUGUUAGAAUAAAAAGAUUGACAAACAUUAAAUGUCAUAAUGAAGUGUUAAGUACACUUUCCUUGGUAGUUCAAAUUUCUUCCUACUGUGAACUUUUAUUAGACAGAAAAACGUUUGAUAUUCUAUCUCUCUGAAAACGACAGAGUUCGGUUCCGGCCGUGCUUUUUUCAUUAGUUCCGGCCGGAACUGGAACUCUGAAAAAUCGGGGUUCCGGCCGGAACUAACCGGCUGGACCGAGUUCCGGUGCACCCCUAGUUUUUGGUAGGGAUGGUAAUUUUUAAUUUCAGUUUUCACUCUGUUUUUAGAAACCUUGUAUAUAGUUUGUAAUUAUCCUGUAUAUUUUGGGGAUGAAAGGUGGGACAUCUAGUAGUAAUCGGGGACAACAGACAACAUCAAAACCAGAGAAACAAUCUCCUCAGGGGAAGUACCAGGUGGGUAUAGUGCUACAGGUUUCAUUGCCUUAAUGAUGCACUGGAAAAUUGUAUCAGGAAAAAGCAGUACAUCCCCUCUUAUGGUUUAAUACAAGCAUUGAGUUUUAGAAGGGGACCACUCCCCCACUUAUGCCAAAAAUCUCCCCCCCCCCUUUUUGUCUUAAUAAAAUAACAUUUCCCACAUUCAGAAGUCGUUUUUGAGCAAAAUAUUAAUCUCUCAAAAUAGGUUUUUAAUGGUGUGUUGAAGUACUGCCUUCCUUUUACAAUUAAUUAUUCACAUUUACCACAAUUUCUUUAAAGCAUAUUGUGACAAAUUUAAUUACAUUUUAAUUGAAAAACCCCAGGAAUAGUGAAUGCUCAGGUUUUACACCUUUUGACCAGUGGUGAUGACGAGGCCAUUUGUUACGUCAUGCUAUUGGGUCAUGCAUAGCUAGGGCCUAGGGUAUUCCAGGGGCUACUUCCCAAAAAUCGUGAAUUUGGGAGGUCCGAAGAGGCCAUUUCCAGUGAUGUUCACAGAAUGACAAAAAUGUGCAGCUCAUUAGGGCGCAUUGCCACGUUUUACAUAUCAGAGGUUGCAGUACAUUUGAAAUCUUCAUUGUAGCCGACAGCCGAGCAGGUCCGAUAUGCUCAGUUACUAAACGACGAUGAUCCUGGAUGGUUGAAAGAUAAAAUACAAGAAGUAUGUAAUUCAAAAUUUAUUGUGUGUACUUAUUUAUCUUACUGUAUAUUGAGUGUAUAAAAAAAGGGAAUCCAAAUUUAGCUUUGUAUUUUGCAUUAGGAAUUUAGUUUAUAGAUUUUCAUUUUUCUUGACAAGUUUUCCUUGAGAACUUUUAUUUGCUCGUGUGUAUGGCAACAAGGAAAAUUGUUCGUGUGCAUGGCUGUUAUCAAAGACACUUUCAACUGUUCCUAAUUUUGUUAGAAGCAGCUUUCAAAGAAAAUUAUCAUGAAAUUCAAUGCUUGUGAUGUUACUCAGAGUGUGUAUCCACACCAGGCAGGCUUGAAAAAUAUGCCUGGCCACGGUGGGAAUCGAACCUAUGACCUUUGGAAUACUAGCCCAAUACUCUGCCAACUGAGCUACACGGUCAGGUCAGAUAUCGAAGGAACUAAACUCAGUUCCGAAAUAUUGCAUACUCGAACCGACCUGACCACAUAGCUCAGUUGGCAGCUAGAGCAUUGGGCUAGUAUUCCAAAAGUUGUAGGUUCGAUUCCCACUGCGGCCAGGCAUAUUUUUCAAGCCUGCCCGGUGUGGAUAUACACUCAGAGUAACAUCACAAGCAUCUUAUUCACCUGAGUACACUACACCAACGCAGCAAAUAUCAUGAAAUUGUUUACUGACUAAAAUAGCACAAGCUCGUAUAGUCUUGUUGAAUAGGAAAAAUUAAUAAAUAACUGUGUACAAACUAUAUACAUAUCAGCUGAGGAAUUUGUAAUUGCUAAGUAGAUUUAAGCAAAUAAUAAAGUGCCUUUUAUUGUAUGACAUUUCAGGUUGUAGACUUGACACAAAAGCCGCAAGAUGAAGUUGCCAUUGCACUUCAUGACUGUGACAACAAUGUAGAUUCAGCUGUCAUCAACCUUCUUGAAGGAAAAUACAACCAGGUAUUGUAGUUCAUAAUUUUUCCAGGCACGGAAAUGACCAAAGGUGAUGUACUGUAUGACAAUGCACAGGAAAUUAAUGCAUAUGCCUUUAACCUCAGUGAUGGAAAUCUCGGUGGGGGGCCCCUUCAAAAUUGAAUAAAAAAGGGCUAAAAACAACCUUUUCGAGUGCAAAUGUGGGGAUUUGUUGGAAAUUUGAAGGUUUUGUCGGAAAUUUGAAGGUUUUGUCGGAAAUUUAGGAGGCUUUGCCCCCCACCCCCCACCCCCACCGGAAAUAGUGAGUUUCCGCCACUGUUUAACCUCUCCUUGUAUCAGUUGUUUCUAGUUCUUCAAUUUGAAUGUUUUUGGAUUUUGGAAAUUUAAAUAUCUGUCAAGGAGAUUUAUUAUGCACCUGAUCGUUUUGGACCAAGAAUAUUUGUAAUUUGUUGGAUUGGCAUACAAUUGUGAGAUAGACUAUAAAAUUAUAGUGUCACUAUAAAAUUAUAGUCAUUGUGACACUGUUUAUGAGAUUGAUUUUUUGCUAUAACUGCUCACAGAAUGCAGGAAAUAGUGUUUUUAACACCUGUAUUCUAAAAGCACACUCACACGUUUCUUGCACCUUUGGUGCUUGACUCUGAAAAUCUAAAAUCCUAGCCCCAGGCCUGUAGCACAGUGUUUUGUGUCUGUAGGGUGAAUGGACAACGUUUCAAUCUCGUAAGAAGAAAAGUACUCCUGCUGAUACAAUAUCUCCUGUCGGUCCUAAAGAUAAAACAGGAAAUUCACGACAAGACAGAAAAGAAAACAGAGAUGGCCUUUCACAGUCAGUUGAAUAUAAUAACAGACGAAGUAAGUCCUGUUUUAUAGUUGAUGCAAUAGAUUCCUUUAAAUUCCUAUAAUAUAUGAAAUAUGUGAAUCGAUAUAUAUUCUAAUCGGGUCAUUCCAGAAAACAUCCAUACCACCCCCACAGAGGAAAUUGGAAGUUAACCCCCCCCCCCCUCCUACCCCCUUCGGAUGUCCUAAAUACAUUUACUAUUAUCAGAAACAAUUUUGUCUUCCCUCCCUAUCCGGACGGCAGAAAUUUCCUCCGUGGGGGUAGUGUGGAUCUUUUCUGGAACGACCCAUUCAAACUCGACUGGCAGUGUUUCCACUUUUGAUUUUUUUUUCAGAUUUUUGUCUAGCAAUUUGUGAAUUGAUCUUCCAGUGUUUCCACUUUUCGAAAUUAAAAUUUCCAUCAAAUUCCGUUAAGGAAAUUUGAGAAUCCCUGUAACGUUCUCCUCAUUUUCUUUCUCAAGACAAAGGACAGUUGGACAGGAUAUCUGAUGGAAACAAUGAGAGACAGAAUGGACCUCUGAAUAGCACCAGACCCCCGGGUGGUGGGAGAAAAUGGAACAGAGAUGAUCGCGAUGAUCGGCGGGGGGACCAGGAUGAUCAACGUGGAGAUCGGGAGAAUCGCAGGGACGAUAGGAGAAGUGACAGAGACAAUCGUCGAGACAGAGGCGGGAACCGAGGGGAACAAGCAGAUGACAGAAGGAAUAGAAAUGAUUUCAGGGAUCGUGAUAGGAAUGAUAGAGGCAGUCGGGGUGGCAGAGGUGAUCGCGAGGAUAGACGGGAUCAAAGUGACCGUAAUGAUAGAGGUGACCGUGGGGGCGAUAGGGGUGAUCGUUGGGUCGAUAGGGGUGACCGUGGGGGCGAUAGGGGUGACCGUGGUGGCGAUAGAUGGAACAAUGGAGAUCGAAGUGGUGAUCGGAAUGAUAGGAGAUUUGGUGGUCGAGGUGAGUUUGUGUACAAUGCUCUCUAAUGGCCUUGUUACACAAGGUAAUAGACCUUGUGCAUAAUGACGUCACAAGGUCUGAUGCCUGCGACAAAUGCUGGGAAAAUGAAACAAUUCAAAAUGGCCACUAUCGAAAUUUUCCCAGGCGAUGACUACUAAGACCAGCAUUCCUCGCGGGCAUCAAGCCUUGUGAUGUCAUUAUACAUAAGGUCUAUUCUAACCCAGUUGUCUUGCAAUCCAAUUUCAGACACAGAGCCGUGUUAUGUAAAAAAUGAGCACUACCCAUAUACCCACAUAUACAGGGUUAGGGUUUUGCAUAUAUUGAGAGCAGGCACAGAUUUUCUUGGGGGGGGGGGGUACACCCCCCAGAAAUGAUUUGCACACACACCCCAGAGGCAUUUGACACCAGCCCCAAAAGUGUUUGCACCCCUGCAAAUUAUAUAUAUUUUGAUUUGAUAGUUUCAUAUUUGAUUAUUCUUACUACUAAAUUUGUAAAAUUACCAAUAUUAUGGUCUCAGAUCUCGCCAUGCAGGCCUAGAAGCAAGCAGCAGCCCCUCCAGAUAUUUAUCCCCGCCCGAAAAUAUGAAAAUCCAUCUCUGAUUGAGAGACUUUUUAAACAUGUGUCAAUCAUAUUCCAGUAAGCACAGUGUAUUGACAUUGUUUAGGUGGUUUCAACAGACGAGGUGGGAUGGGUCGGGGUGGUCGAGGAGGAAGGUACGUUUUACCGCAGCUUAUGUAUUGAGUUUAUGAAUUUUUACUACAUACAGUACUUCUUUGUAGAAGAUUUCUUAAUAAAUGUGCUGAACCAGAGCUGAACCAAGACCAACCUACUGUAGUCAGUUUCAGAUUUUGAAAAUUUUUAUGUAUUUUUUUGUGUAUCUAGCAGAGGCUCAAGAGGAGGUAGAUAUCCCAACAACAGAUCUGGCGGACGAAGAUCUGAUCAAGUCAAUGGACCAGCCAAGGAUAAUGGUGGGUAUAUAAGGAUCAGUAGUGUAAUAGUCGGUCCUCGCAAUUUUCGUGGCAAAAGACAAUUGUCGCCGAAAAUGCCGUCGAAGAUGAAAUUAUCGAUGGCAUUUUUUGCCGCCGACCAAAUGCUAAAUUGGUUGGACAUUUUGUCUGGACAAAAAAUAGCAAUCAACUUUCUUGGGUUAACCAUAAGCUGUUAUAACUGACAUUGGGCUUUAAAUUAUUUUACUCUUUCAGAGUUUCCAAAGACCACAGAGAGUUGGGACAUUUCACCAGGGAAAGACAAAAAGGGUAAGGUAUUUUCUUGUGGAAAAUAUUGCUGUAAGAAUCUUUAGAUACGUUGAAAAGGAAAGCAACUUUUUAAAAUAUGCGUCUCUAAAUUAGGGACCAAAAGAGAAAUGUUUUUCUUCGUAAAAAUGUUGCUGAUCCAACCAUUAAAAAGUCAAAAACAUUUACCAAACCUCAAAAUAUCAUAGACAAGAAAGACGAAAUCUAUCCUUGCAAUGUUUGGUUGCAAAAUGUUGUAAAAUGCGGAAAAUAUAGCCCUUGCAAAUUUUGUGUUAAUUUGUAUUACGCACGGGAAAAUGCCCCACUUUCGGCCCAAAUGUGAUGCAUUUUUCUGCACGUAAUACAAAUUAAUACAAAAUUUGCAAAUUUCGCAGGGCUAUAUUUUCCGCAUUUUACAACAUUCAGGCCUUAAAAUAUCGGUUGGUCACGGACAUUGUCCGACCCAUUCGUGAAAUUGUCCGACGUAGAGAGGAAACCACCGGACAUUCUGUCCGACCUAAGUGAAACUGAGGUUUGUUGUUUGUCCGACCUAAGUGUAUUUGUGUCCGACCCUAACUGUAGCUUUGUCCAUCGUAAAUCAAAAUGUACCUAUAGCCCAGGACUAGAGGCUUGUAUGGUAAAUCAGAGUACUAUUGUAUAAAAAGUGAACUGGAAAUGUUUUAACAUAGUCCCCUCGACUAUGUUAAAACAAAAGCACAAUAGACAGAUUUAGAUCGAGGACGGCGAGCGAAAUGGUGAAGUGGGGCGGCGAGCGAAAUGGUGAAGUGGAAGACGAGUUUAAGUUGUCGAAGUCUUUUUUUUUUUCGCCAUCUUGCUCUUCAUAUACUAACGCCAAACAAAAAAUUCGUAAAAUCUUUCUUAACAAGCUUACCCUUACUAACCAUAUCGAAGAUCUAUUUUGUAUAAAUUGUAAAUAUUUACUAAAUUGUAAUUGUAUUCAUUACUAAUUAUUUUUUUCUCAAAUGUAAAUAGUCGUAAUCCUUAAUACUUUUUAUGCCUUAAAUAUCAGAAUAGUGCGAGGGCCGUAUGUUAGAUAACUUUUACGGUUAAUACGUUUUCCCUCGUGAAAUAAAGUUUCUAUUCUAUUCUAUUAUAUUAUAUGUAUGUAAAGUUUCUAUUCUAUUCUAUUCUAUAAGUAUGAAAGAAACAAAUUAUUUAAUAUCUUCACAACAUUUACCGUUCAGAAUUACCGUUCAUUCUGCUGAUAUUCAUCUGUGUCAUUCAGACUUAUUUCCUAGUCAAAACUGAACUGAAGGUCAUCGGACAUAUGUCCGACCCAAACUCAACGUCACCGGACAUUUUGUCAGACGGUCCUGUAAAAGAUAUUUUAAGGCCUGAACAUUUCGCGGCCAAACUUUGCAAUUUUACUAAUUUUAACAUGCUCUUUCUAGCUGUGGUGAUGGUUCUUCUUGCCUAGAUCAAAAUUUCGUCUAUAGCUGGAUUCAUGCAUGUAUCAAAAAAUGACAUUUUGUUUGUAGAUUUGAAUGUAGACUGGGGUUUACCCGAGCCAACGGGUACAACAGAGGACUGGGGAGCGGAAGACUGGGGGAGCGACAAACAAAAUGACACGUCGAACACGCCAUCCUGGGCCACCACCGUGGAUGAUAAAACUGCAAGCACGUGGGAGACUGAUGUUCCAGCCAAUCAGAAUUUAACUAAUCACAUGAAUCAUUUACCGGAAUGGUAAAGUAUUAUAUACUGUUAAACAUUGAAGUCAUGUGACCAAUCCAAAUGUGAUUUUUUGUAUGUGUAAUAUUUGGGUCAUUCGAAGAAGAAAUGUAAUUUAUACAAUAACUACAGUGAAACAUGCAAUUCGAUCGGUCAAUAGCCGUGCGGUAUCAGGCUAUUAUUAUUAUUAUUCAUCUUAUUUAAAAACGGUAGCCCUUCAGAUUAAACUGCUUUUCAAGGGGCCGUUAGAAUAUUUACAAAUAUGAAAAAUCUAUUGUACAUACUAACUAUGUAAAAAAGAAAGCCCAUGCAAUGAACACUAUACAUAAAUUAGAAUGACUCACAUAUAUAACUAGAAAUGGUAUGUUAUGUUAACCCUCCCAGACCCAUUACUCCUUCGAAUCAAAAUCCGCCCCACAAGUGGUUGUCAUACACUAUUCCUGCACGAGGAAUUAAAAUGCCUUCGCGGGAUUCUCAACAUGUCAUUGUUUCACUGUAGUUAUUUUAUAAAAAAAUUACCAAAUGGUUUUCCACGCAGGAUAGCGUGAUCCAUGCACUUGGGAUGUUGCUCGACUUUCGGAAAGCGUAAAAAUACACUCGCCUGCGGCUCGAGUAUUUUUACGCUUUCCGAACGUCUCGCGACAUCCCUCGCGCAUGGAUCGCGCAAUCCUGCACAGAAAACCAUUCGGUAUUCCUUUAGUAUCUUUAAAGUAAAAAAUCCCAUCUUGAUCAACUUUUCCACAGUCAAAGUUUCCGGAUAUGAUAUCAUUAGGCGAAUUUUUAGUACAAAAAAAACAAAGGAAAACUAAUUUGCAAUAGACCUUUCCCCUUUUAAGUGAGAUUUUGAUCUAGACAAGUCUGGACAAAAAUUUCAUUACAGCUUGAAAGAGCAUCGCAAAAUUAGUAAUAUUCCGAAGUUUCGUUGCAAAAUGUUGUAAAAUGCGGAUAAUAUAGCCUUGCGAGGUUUGCCAUUUUUCAGUCAUUUUGAUUACAAAUGGGAAAUUGAUAAUCAGAUGAUCAAACUGAUUAUCAAUUUCCCGUUUGUAAUGCAAAAUGACUGAAAAACGGCAAAUUUCGCAAGGCUAUAUUGGCCGCAUUUUACAACAUUUCGCAACGAAACUUCGGAAUUUUACUAAUUUUGUGAUACUCUUUCAAGCUGUAAUGAAAUUUUUGUCCAGGCUAGUCUAGAUCAAAAUUUCACUUAAAAGGGGAAAGGUCUAUUUACCGAAUGACAUCAUCCUGAAACUUGAUAUAAGUGGAUGGCCUCGUUGAAAAGCAGUUUCCAGUGAAGGAGUAUACUUCCUAAAAUAUUUUCAAUAAAUAUGAUCUUUCAACUUUGUAGUGAUGACGAAGCAAUCUUAAGUUCUAAAGUCGCUUCCAAACAAUCCCCAUUACUAAACCUCGAGGAAUCUGUGAGGUUUUCCACCGCAUCGAAUGUCUCCUCACAACCUUAUCCUCUUGAUACCCAGAAAUCCUUCGGCUUACCCCCUGGUAUCUCUUCAAGCCAACCAAAAGAUAGUGCUAUCGCAGCUCUGGCGAAUGCUGGUCUCAAGAAAAUGCACCAUACGCCUGCGAUGGACGCGUCUAGAGUUCAUACUUCAGCAAGUCAGGUGACCUCAAGUCCAGAGGUCACUAUGACUACAGACACGGGUCAACCACAGCCUCAACGACAACAAAAAAGUCGAACUAAAAGAGCCCCCAAAGGACAGGUAUAGUUUUGUAUUUGUCUAGUUCAA